CCCCCCCCUGUCCCGACCUGUCUUCCUCCCGCCUCCGUCCCGAACGCCGACACCGACGCCCCGAUCUCACCGAGGCCGGCGAAGCACAAGUCACGAACAACGCCGCCAGCCCCGUCUUCUUCCCGCAUAGACAUCGCCUUGUCCACCCCGAGCUGCUUCUGUCCCGCUACCGAAGGCGACGCCCCCGUCCUGCUUUGCCUCCUCUCCCUCAUUGGGGUAUCUCAGUUCCUCCCCUCCCUCGUUCUGCUCUCUUGAUGCGCGCUGCCACUGGGGUGUAUAUGUGGGAUGAUGCGCGUGCUGGCUGGUGUGUGUUCUAAAAUACGAGCGAUGGCUCCAUGAUUUUGUUUGGAUAUACCCAACUUCCCGUGCAGCUGAUAAAGGGAAUUCGACAGGGUGGUCAUGCUAGAACUGUUGGUUUUGCUACGCUCCAUACAUUAUUUUGAUGCAACCUAACAGUUGAAUGACCGUUGCAGGGUGUUAAUUUGUAGUAUAGUUAAUCUUCUAUUUCUAAAUAGCUAGUCUCCACUAGUAUGUUUCUCUGCACAUUCACCUCAAUAUUUGAUAGCCAUCCGAUCGAAAUUGUGUGACAUGUACUCAUAUGUUACUUCUUUGCAUUAAUCUAUCCAUGAAAACAUACCACCUAUUCAAGUCACGCAUGUCUUUUGGGGGGGAAUCAAGUCAUGAAUGCAUGUGAGUCACAAGUUAAUUUUAUUGCGUUAAUUUUACCAUGGUCAUGGAUGUUAUAUGUUGUGGAAACUUGGAGCAAAAUAUGUAGUUCAUGCUUGCCAUUGUGUUAAGUUCAAUUAAUGUUAAAAUCGUUUUGUCAGAUACUUUGUAGGUUUUUUUUUAAAUGUAAACCCAGAACACUCUUGCAUUUGUUUUUCCAUUAGUUUUAGUUGUUUUAAGCACCUUUUUAUGCAUAUUUUAAUGUGGUUCCUGCGGCAACGUGUAGUGAUAUGAGCUCAUUGUUUUUGUUGUGCUUAUUUUUCUCUCAAGCAAAUUUUGUCGUGAAUUUCACUGCAGAUUGCUGAUCUCCAGUUGUUAGUUCUUAUUCGAUACUUCUCCCAUCAUAUGAUGCUCUAGCUUAUCUAUAUGGCAAGAUAAAAUAGAGCUGACAUGUUGGAUGGUGCGCUGGAUUAGUGUCACACCUCUAAUUGCGUGGUUCAUCCGAGUGUUAGGCUGAGGCCACCAUAAAAAUCGCUGACUCGCAAACCUCCUGUCUUGUUCGCUGUGAUCCUCCAAAGCAAGAGCCAGCCGAAAUAACCUCUGUCCCUGCUUCGUCACUCUGUCCCGCCCCCCUGACGGUAGGAUGCAGAACCCUGGCGGCAAUCAUCCUGCUCCAGCCGCAGCAGCGGCGGGCAAGUUCAAGUCCUCUGCGCAGGGUGCGGUAGUGGCCUCGGGCCAUGGCCAUCAGCCAUCCCCAGCCACGCCUGCGGCUGCCAAGUCCAGGUCCUCCGGCCACUGUCAUCACUCCUCCCCGUCCAUGCCUGUGGUGGGCAAGUCCAAGCCCUCAGCGCAUGCUGUGGCACCGGGCCAAGCGUCCACUUCUCACCAACCACACCCCAUCGGCGUUGGUGAUGCAGCUGCAUCGAGCCUUAAGCGCAAGCGUAGCGUCUUCCAGAAAGACCUGCAGCACAUGAUGUAUGGGUUUGGGGACGAUCCAAAUCCACUUCCUGAAACAGUUGCACUUGUGGAGGACAUCGUUGUAGAAUAUAUUACUGACCUCGUCCACAAGGCUGAGAAUGUGGCUUCAAAGAGGGGAAAGCUCUUGACAGAGGAUUUUCUUUACCUUAUCAGAAAGGAUAUGCGGAAAUUGCACCGCUCUACUGAGCUACUCUCCAUGAAUGAAGAGCUCAAGCAAGCAAGGAAAGCUUUUGAUGUGAAUGAAGAAACACUAGUAGUAACUAAUGAGUGAUACCUCCUUGAGGAGCCACAGAGACUUCAGUAUCUACAAUAUUCCACUAACUUGGUCAUACGAUGCGUAUUGCUUCAGUUGGAUGCCAGUCAGCAUCCAUUAUGUUUGCAGAAGUUUGUUUCCUGUCAAUUUGGCGUCAGGUAGCACUUUCCACUGUACUUAAUGGAUGAUUGUACGCUUCGCUCAGUCAUACUAGGCACUAGAACAUGAAGCGCACCCGUUAAUCUUGUAAAAAAUAAUGGUAAAAGUAUUUGAGAAAA